CCUACAGCCAAAGCUUGAACCUACGUCAUAGCCCUCGACAGAGAAGCAAAGCAGCAACGCCUGCUUCUUCUGUUCCAGUGAAGGAAAAAAAAAAACGAAUCAGCUCACAGGAGAAGUCAGGAUCGAAACAGAAAGACAGCUACUAGGAAAAAGCACAAGAGAAAUAGACAGAAAUCCGGAACAAGAUUUUUUGUGACUACUCAGCUCGCCAAAAAACAGGAGCAGAAAGAAUUGAGAAAGGAGACCAAGGGAACCUGCAGAACAGCAGUGAGAUUUUAAAAAACAGCUACCCAGAACCAUGAGCUACCCAAAAUACCAGAGGAUGCAAGACGAAUUGCCCAUCCCCCAAAGUCCACCCCCUUACCUGGAAAAUCAGUCCAAUCUCCCAAAAAUUUCUACAGAAUCAACCCAUUGUAUGGAACAUGAGAAAUUUCCUGUUGUGCCACCUCAGGACCUACCUAUUUAUGGCCCAGAUGAAACAGCAUCUAAACACAUUCCAAUCCUUCAGCAACCACGGAGUGUCAUUAUUGUGCCUGUCCAACCUACUGAAGAACCCGAUUAUAUGGCCUACUCUAUCUUUAGUAUCCUGUGCUGUUUCUUGCCGCUCGGUGUAGCUGCCUUUGUCUUCUCUAAACUGACCCAAAAAGCCAACCGUGAGGGGAAUAUGGCAGCUGCUCGGAGACAUUCAAAGACGGCUGUCAUCCUGGCUCACACAUCACUUGGAAUUGGCGUUCCGCUCAUCAUUCUUUAUUUAAUUUUUAUCAUGAAAUGAAAGGACAGGAAGGCCUGGCGCGAUAUGGUUCAUGGGGUCACGAAGAGUUGGACACAACUUAACGACUAAACAACAACCACAACAUGAAAUGAACUCAAAUUAGACCAAGUCAUUAUGCAAUGUUCAUAUCUAUACAUGAUGAUGCUGAAGUCAGAGGAAGCCUGAUUCAACAUCUUGCUCUUUGAUCCAUUGUAUAAAGAGAACAUGACGGUCAUGCAUAUUAUUCAAUUUCUAUAUACCUGGGCUUCAUCGGAAAUAACAAUAAGUUGGCAAGGAUAGCAUUUUAGGCAAAUAAGGUGAUCUGAAAGUUCUGUCUAGUGAUAAAUAUGCAAUGGCCCAUCAAGAUCCAAUUUAAAAAAAAAUGUGAUGCAGCUCUGAAAUACAACAACCAGAAUCUACAUAACAGAAUUACAACAGAGUACCAACAGGUGGAUGGUUGAA